CCUAGAGAGCACCUUUUAUUCUUUAAAUGUUAAAUAUAUGAAAAAAAUUAAAUUGAUAUAGUUGAAAAUAAAAUCUUCCGAAAAAUAAUUAAUUAUGACGACCAAAGUAAAACUAAAAGAAGCAUUUGAAGUUGAAUCAAAGCAUGGUGCAUUUUAUACAGGAGGUAACUUAGAAUGGGUAGAAGAUACUAUAUAUUGCCAAACUAAUGCAAAUAUUAAUGUACUAAAUGUAGAAACAGGUCUAAUUGAUAAAGUAAUAGGUGAACAAGGUGCUGAAGAAGAAGAUACUAUACAAACAUUUACCACAGAUGGCAAUAGAACUGUUACUUCACACAAAAGUGGUUUGUUGAAGGCUUGGAAUCAAAACGGUGAGCUGGAAAAAAUGUGGAAAUAUAUACAUAAAGGACCUAUAGCUAGACUAACCUUAAAAUCUGACAAAUUGGCCAGUGGUGGUUGUGAUGGGAUUGUUCGGAUAUGGGAUCUUCAAAACCAAGUAUGUUCUUUGAGCCUUAAAGGGUGCCAGGGGGUUGUAAAUGUGGUAGAAUUCCAUCCAGGUGAAGACAUUUUAUUUGCUUCUGGUGAUGAUGGAAAGAUUAAUGCUUAUGAAUUAACCAAAGGAGAACUAAAAACAAUAUACUCAGGGCAUUAUAGUAAAGUUACUGCAUUUGUCUUUGCUAGGGAGAACUAUUUUGUAUCAUGUGGUAGAGAUAAAGUAAUAAUUUUAUGGGAGGUAGGUAAAAGUGAGGGUAUCAAAGUAAUCCCACAAUAUGAAGCUAUAGAAACUAUAACAGGGUUGCCUUUGAAGUUUAAGAUUCCUGGUUUUAAAUCAGAAGCUGAUGGUAUUUAUGUUGCAGCAGCAGGUGAAAAGGGUGUAGUUUCUGUGUGGGAUGUUAAAAAGGCUAAACAAGUCUAUGUCCAAGACAAUUCUCUAGUUAGCAAAGCUGCUGAAGAAGGUGGUUUAUCUGUAGUAUUGCUUAGAUGCAAUCUUAAAGACAAAGCCUUAGCUGUUGUAACAACUGAUCAUAAUAUUAUCAUUCAUCAUUUGAAGUCAUUUGUAUGUCUGAAGCAAUUUGUAGGCUUUUCUGAUGACAUUUUGGAUAUUACAUUUAUAGGGAAAGAAGAUUCACAUUUGGCUAUUGCCACUAAUUCCACAGAUAUAAAACUUUACUGUAAUACUACCAUGAAUUGUCAAAUAUUGAAGGGUCACACAGAUAUAGUUAUGUCAUUAGCUAGUUGUCCUUCAGAUCCAACAUAUAUGCUUUCCUCAGGUAAAGAUAAUACUGUAAGGUUGUGGAAACUAGAUGAAAAUAUCAUGAACUGUAUAGCUACAGGUUUAAGACAUACAGGUUCUGUAAGUUCUGUAGCUUUCAGUCAAACCAGUUACAACUUUGGAGUCUCAGUUAGUCAAGAUAUGUGCUUAAAACUGUGGGAAAUACCAACAAAAUCAAAAAUUGCAAGCUUAAAUUGCACACAUACUGUCUUGGCUCAUCAAAAGGACAUUAAUUCUGUUGCAGUAUCUCCAAAUGACAAAAUUAUAGCCACUGCUUCCCAAGAUAAAACUGCCAAACUGUGGACCACAACUUUAGAAUUAUUAGGUACUUUAAGAGGGCAUAAAAAGAGCCUUUGGUGUAUAAAGUUUUCCCCUGUAGACCAAGUAGUUGUUACAUCAUCUUCUGAUUCUACUAUCAAACUGUGGUCAAUAGCUGACUUAAGUUGUCUAAAGACACUAGAAGGACAUGAUGCUAGUGUGUUGAAGGUCCAUUUUCUUUCUUCUGGAAUGCAGAUAUUGAGUGCUGGUGGAGAUGGGUUGGUCAAGUUAUUUUCAGUUAAAACUUCAGAGUGUACAUGUACACUAGACCAACAUGAUGCACAAGUAUGGGCAGUAGCUGUGAAAAAUGACGAGUCUGGUUUAGUAACUGGUGGUGGUGAUUCAAUUUUAGUCAAAUGGAAGGAUGUCACAGAAGAACUUCGUCUUAAGAAACUACAAGAAAUAGAAGAAUUAACUCUACAAGAACAAAAAUUAAGCAACUAUUUGAUGAGUGGAAACUAUCUAAAGGCUCUAAAACAAGCUUUGAAAUUAGACAAACCUUUUCAGGUGUUAAAAAUUGUGGAAACUAUAAUACAAAAUGGCGAAACUGGACUAGCAGAUACUAUAAAAGAAUUAAGAAAUGAUCAAAAGGACAAUUUAUUUAAAACUGCUAUUACAUGGAACAUGAAUAGUAAACAUGCACAUCCAGCACAACUUGUUAUUAAUAUUUUGUUAAAUGAAAUGCAGAAUGAUACUUUCAAGCCCUCAGGACUUCGUUCUUCACUUGAAGCAGCACUUCCUUAUACAGAGCGGCACUUUAAUAGGUUAACAAAGCUAAUGCAAGACUUACAAUUCAUUAAUUAUGUUAUUAAAUGUAUGAAACCACAUUCAGAUGAUGUAGUGUAGUUUUAUUGUAGAAAUAAAUGUUUUUUUU